AAAAAAUAAAAAAGGGAAAAAUACAAACCCUGGACUCGAGACUCUUUUUUCCCUCCUUCUUUCUCCGUUUUUCCCCUUUACCAAUCUCUUAGAAACCGCAAAAACCAAACAAAAACAAACGAUACCCAAAUCACAACGGCCUUUGCCAGUUUGCCUCAGCAGCAGCCAGUCCAGUACCGCUUUGUUGUUUUCUAGCGUUAAAUCCCCUUCUUUUCCCUCCACCAGAAGCCAAUCUACAGAACUCCGAUUACAUGAUGCUUGGAUUUUUUUCAGAUUGGAAUUCUCCCCAACCUUCGAGUUAUUAUUUUUAAUUUAAUUUCAUAUUUUUCCCGCACAAACCCCAGUUAUCGCUUUACUCCGUCGUUAUUUACCUUGGUGGCUGUGAUUAUUCGCUCAAUUAUUCGAUUUUAUAGAAAACCCAGGAUUUUCUUUCUUGUUUCUCAUCUGGGUCGACUUUGGAAUUUGGAAUUAGUUUUUCUCCGUAAUUUUUUUUUUUUUGGGUGGAUUUUUGCGUAGGUUUGGUCUUAGGACUUUUUGACGUUUUUUUUUUUCUUCUUUUUGGUUCUCGAAAUCUGUUUGCUGGGUUCUUACUCGGGUUUCCCUCUGAUUAUAGCGAAUUCAUUUAUUUUGGGCUUGCUUUGCACUAUUGAUACGUGCUAUUGUGUUUGGACCUAGAAUUUCCUUUCCUGAUUUAGAUACAGAAUUCUUUUAUGGUUUGUGAAUGGCGAUGGUGAAUACUCAGGAGGAUGGGGAGAGAAACCCAUCAACAGUUUCUAGAGGUGGGAAUGGAGGAGGAGGUGGGGCGACCAGGUCAUGGGGAACAACAGUUUCUGGUCAAUCUGUGUCAACUAGUGGCAGCAUUGGGUCUCCCUCCAGCCGGAGUGAGGCAGCAAUGCCAACUCCAGCGAGCGAGAGUACUUUCAUUCGGUUAAACAAUCUUGAUAUCCAGGGUGAUGAGGCUGAGGCAGAGGCUGAGGUUGAGGCUGAGGCUGGAUCUCAGGGGGCUGCUGGUAACAAGAAGAAGAAGAGAGGUCAACGUGCAGUUCCUGGGGACAAGACUGGUAGAGGGCUUCGACAGUUUAGCAUGAAAGUUUGCGAGAAAGUAGAAAGCAAAGGGAGGACAACUUACAAUGAGGUUGCCGAUGAACUUGUAGCUGAGUUUGCAGAUCCUGGCAAUGGUGUUGCUACUCCAGAUCAGCAACAAUAUGAUGAGAAAAACAUUCGGCGUAGAGUUUAUGAUGCUCUGAAUGUUCUUAUGGCAAUGGACAUAAUUUCGAAAGAUAAGAAGGAAAUACAGUGGAAGGGUCUUCCACGUACAAGCUUGAAUGAUAUAGAAGAGUUGAAGAAUGAGCGACUUGGGCUAAGGAGUAGGAUUGAUAAAAAAGCAGCUUACUUGGAAGAACUGGAAGAGCAAUACAUAGGUCUUCAGAACCUCAUACAGAGGAAUGAACGUUUGUAUGGAUCAGGAAAUGCUCCCAGUGGUGGUGUAGCUCUACCUUUUAUUUUAGUGCAGACUCGUCCACAUGCCACGGUCGAGGUGGAAAUAUCAGAAGACAUGCAGCUGGUGCACUUUGAUUUCAACAGUACUCCGUUUGAGCUACAUGAUGAUAAUUAUGUACUGAAGGCAAUGAAAUUUUGCGAGAGGCCACAGGCUGACAUUGUGGCACAAAAUGUUUCAUCAGAUGGAGGUGAAAGUUCCAUCGCCAAUAUGUUCCAACCUCAGCUCCCACUCCCCCAACCACCCGUGCAGAUGCCUGUGCCUGUGGCUGUGCCUGCGCCUGUGCCUAUGCCUAUGCCUAACGUUUCAUCUAGGCCCCCGCCCAGUUCGCCUCCCCGCCCAGGAAUAAUCAAAGCACGCGUCAAACACGAGCAUUAGUUGGCGAAACUUUGAGCUUUCUCGUGUCUCUUGCCGUCUGUAUAGUUUAGCACAUAUAGCCAGAUGCGGGUUGGUUUUCUGUGACCUACAUACGUCCUUGUAGCGUCUUUGGCUCCACAAAGGAAGAGAAUGUAGAGGUUGGUGUUGUUUAAGAUUAUGGUAAAUGGUAAUUAUCAGGUUCAGGCUCUGCCUCUGGGAUCAGUUAUAGGCAUUUGGCACAGAUCAGUAGCAUCGUAGAAUCGAUAUGGUAGUAAAACAUUUAUCUCAAAAUGUGGAUCGUUGUAGCUGACUUUCGUAGUAGUGAAUACGAUUUAUUGAAUUUAUUUGGAAAUAUUGGGAAGUCCGUUCUUGCAUUGUCUUCGACAUUUCAUAAGGUUGAUGAUUGGUGAAUCAUUUUGUCGGCGGUGUAUAACAUAUUUUGCCACUUUGAUGUGUAUCAUUCGUAGCUAAAUUUUUAUAAAUAUGGUA